GGGGUCGUGGCCUUUGGGGGCUCGAGUAGGAGUGAGGGGUCGCGCCGGGAGGACGGAAGAACCCAAAGGAGGGGCCGACCGGAUGACUCGCCAUCUCCGUCCUGCGUGUAGAGGGACGGUCGCCGCGGGCGUGAGCCGACCCGGGCUUCCGGCGGAGCGCGCCGGCGACCGGUUCCAGCCAGAGCCGUCUGAUCUUUCUGAACUUGCCCUCCCGAGGUGGCUGUGCGUGCACCAGCACACUUUGAAGAUCCCUGCCGUGAGAUUCAGCCCAGCACCCUGCCGGCGAGGCCAGAGGGCGUUGUGCCAGCUGCUUCACCCGAGUCUCCGCCUCCCCGGCUUUAAAAUGGGACCAUGACGCCCUCGAGGCUGCUCUCUGCAGGAUGGCGGGGCGCGCUGGAGGGCCUGGGGCGCUGGACUCGGCCCCCCGGGGCCGCCCUCCGCCCGCCCCUCCCGGGGCCCAGCUCCCCCCGGCGGCUGUCGCUCAGCUGCGCGGACCCGGCCAAGGCGCCCCCCGGGAAGAAGCCGCUCUCGGAGAAGAGACUGAAAAGACACUUCGUGGACCACCGCCGGGUGCUGUUCCGGGGCGGCCGCGGAGGCAACGGAGCGAGCUGCUUCCAUAGCGAGCCCCGGAAGGAGUUCGGGGGCCCCGACGGCGGCGACGGCGGCAGCGGUGGCCACGUCGUCCUGAGAGUCGACCGGCAGGUGAAGUCCCUGUCCUUGGUCCUGCCCCGGUACCAGGGCACCGACGGAGAAGACGGCGGCAGCAAGAACUGCUCAGGGCGAGGCGGCGCCGUCCUCUACGUCCCGGUCCCCCUGGGCACGCUAGUGAAGGAGGGGAGCAAGGUGGUGGCCGACCUGUCCCACCCGGGGGACGAGUAUCUCGCCGCCCUGGGCGGGGCCGGAGGGAAGGGCAACCGCUUCUUCCUGGCCAACGACAACCGCGCGCCCCUCACCUGCACCCCCGGGGAGCCCGGGCAGGAGCGGGUCCUCUCGCUGGAGCUCAAGACGGUGGCCCACGCCGGCAUGGUCGGGUUCCCCAACGCGGGCAAGUCCUCGCUCCUCCGGGCCAUUUCGAACGCAAAGCCCGCCGUGGCCGCGUACCCGUUCACGACCUUGAACCCCCACGUGGGCAUCGUGCGCUACGAGGACCACCAGCAGGUGGCAGUGGCCGACGUGCCGGGCAUCAUCCGAGGCGCCCACCGGAACCGGGGCCUGGGGCUGGCCUUCCUCCGGCACAUCGAGCGCUGCGGCUUCCUGCUGUUCGUGCUGGACCUGGCGGCGCCGGAGCCCGGGGCCCAGCUCGAGGCCCUGAAGUUCGAGCUGGAGCAGUACCAGCCGGGCCUGUCUCGGCGGCCGCACGCCGUCGUCGCCAACAAGGUCGACCUGCCGGAGGCGCGCGCCAACCUGCCCGCGCUGCAGGCCCGCCUGGGCGGCACGGCCAUCGCCCUGUCGGCCGUCACCGGGGAGAACCUGGAGGAGCUGCUGCUGCGCCUCAAGGAGCUGCACGACGCGCACGUGGCCGCCGAGCUGGCCCAGGGCCGCCAGCCGCUCAGGUGGUAGCGUGCCGCUCGGCGGGGCUGACUCCCUGCUCUGCACGGCCCCCCCUCAGCCUGCUCCCCCGAGCCCCCGCACCGUCAGCCUCCUGUCCGACUCUCGGGGACCUUCUCGUCCCUGCGGUUGGUGCCCGCAGCAGCAGGGGCCGUGCUGCGGGGGUGCAGGGCGUCGACCCAGCGGGACUGGAGCCGGAGGUGCCCUCGCGGCUCGUCGGCGCCAGCCUGCAGGACAGCAGCCGCCACGGGUGGCCCUGCGAGUCCCCGGCUGUCCCCACGGCCUCAGAGCGGCUGGAGACAGGCCCCGUCUGCAGGUGCCUCUCCGACACCGCCACCGCCACCGUGUCUGGAGGAGCAGGGAGGUGCCACCUGCUGUCCCCAGGCGGCCGAGCCUGGGAGCUGAGCCCGGUGCCGGCGUCAUGGCUGAGUGCACCCAAUAUCCGGCCCCGGGGCAGGCUGUGCGGCCGUCUGCGGCGGUCAGGGUGACUGCUGGGCCCACGCUGGCCUCCAGCCUUCUGGUGGGCUCGGGGAAGAGCCCUGGGGGGCGGGCCGUCGAGGCCAGGGCCCACCCUGUCUCUGCUGGAGUGACCCCGGAGAGGCUGAGGGCCCCAGCGGCCGCCCUACCCGCCGCCCGCAGGCCGUGAGGACAGCCAGGCCGAGGCCGCUGUGGCUCAUCCACUCCCCCAGCAGAGCACCACCACCGUUUCCCCCAAUAAAGUCUGAUGCUGCC